AUGCAGUAUUACCAGAACACGGUGGUGGUGGAGUAUGUGAUGAACCUCGUCUGGGAAACGGUGCCCCGGUGCUACGGGGAUACGGGCAUUCGCGAGGUUGCUGCGAAGGCCGGGGUCCAGACGGCGUUCCAGCGCCGCUACCAUACUUUUCACCCGAGCCAAUUCCUUACCGUUCCCUCACCAUCUCGAAUCAGGAUCGUGCGGGACGAGCUGGUGGCGAAACUCGGAAUCGUGGACAGCGAGCGGCUGGAGGAGGUCUUACCAGUCCAACGGGGCCCCGGGCAGCGUGCGAUGGUUUCCCACGUGCUGACAGCGGCGAUGACGUCCACGAACAUCAAGGGAAGCGACAUCCGUGCCGUCGCCGAUGGAAAAAGCAGCGACGGCAGCGUUGAAGAACCGGUCGAUUUCUCCGACGACGCUGCCGACCAGAUGUGGCAGGCCGAGCUCCAGCGAGCGCGUCAGGAAGCCGAUCUGGACAGGGCGCGCCACGAAGCGGAGACGAAGGCCUUGAUCUCCGUCACGGAGCACUGGAUGUCGGAUGUGUCCGUACACGCCGCCGGGACGGGCAGAAACAGGUGGUGUAGCGCGGACGAAUCGCCCCCGCCCCUUCUCUCCGACUCCGAUUCCUUCUGCUCCUGCGAUGACGACGAUGGUGGCGACGAGGACAGCUGGCUGUUUGGAGCCAACGUUGCCGGCGGCGUCCACGCGGCUGCGCGCGGCGGUUGCGCGAAAGACCCCUCGUUGGCUACGACGGGCGUCUUGGGCGGGGCCGACAGGACCGACAGCGACGGCGGAGUUAAGCGGGGGGCGCCCGCGGACAAGAGAGGAAAAGCGAGCAGGAAAGUCGCGGCGGUGUCGGCUAUGGCUUCGGCGCAUGGAGUAGCAGCCCCGCCUCCUUCUGUGCGUGAUGUUGCGGCUGCCGCUGAACCUCGAGCGACCACUACGGAUGCUGGCGACACCGGUGCCUCUGGCGCUAUGGGUGCCUCUGGUGCCUCCAGCGCAGCCGGUGCCGACAUGGAACGCUGGGCGAGUAUCAAGCGCUGGGUCGAGGGUGUGGCGGAGGGCUGGAUGGUGUCUCACCUGGAACAACUGUGGCACUACUUCCGCGGCAGGAUCGACCGAGGUUUCCCUUGUUGUCAGGUUUUGGCUCUGUUUGCUCUCUCGUAG